AGCCCGGGCGGCCGUCGGGUGGGGAGAGCGCGCGGGCGCUCCCGAGGGGCGGCCGGCGCGCCGCCCGCGCCGGCCCGCCAUGGCGAGGGCGGGGGCACUCUGCGCCUGCGCCGCCGCGUGCGUCGUCUUCCUGGCCUGGCUGUGGAGGUGCCUGUUCUUCGACGUCGACGAGGCGCUGGCGCUGUCCGGCACCGUCGGGGUGGCGGCGGUGUCCUGGACGUGCUCCGAGACGUUCCGACAGGACCCGACCUGGGCAUGGCCGACUACUCGCCCGCCCGCGAGCUGUUCUUCACCUGGUGGUUCUCGACCUGCCCCGGGCCCCCGCCGCCCCGCCCGCGCACGGUGGCGCUGCCCCCCGGCCAGCCGCGGGGGGCGGCGCCCUGGCAGACCACGCCGCCUGCCAUCUCGCUGCCGGGGCCCUUCGGCGAGGCUAACCCAGUGAACCUGGUGGACGCGGGGCUCACCCAGUGGCUCGGCGGGGCGUUCUCCUUCAUGGUCACCAUGCAGAUGGACCAUCUGCAGGCGUGGACCCGCAUUUUCGACUUUUCGCUCACGCCCAACUGGGAAACCAUCGGCGCGGGCAGCGUGGACUACGGCUUCGACCUGUUUUUCUCGAGCUCCCUGGGCGCCAGCAGCACGUCGCUGGUCGUAGAAGACUUCUUCGAGCUCGAGAGAGAGGUCACGGUGCUGUUCACGAUCUCCGCCACUGGAACGAUGAGGGUCUACCGGGACGGGGAACUGCUCGCGGAGAAGCCCGACGGCCAGGUCCCCAAUUACCUGGAGCGCCCCCACCUCACAGUUGGGAACCACCACGCUGGGCACACGCCGGGCUUCUACUUCCAGGGCUUCCGAGGGACCCUCAGGGACGUCAAGGUGUGGGCCCAGGAGGUCAACUGGACCCGGGCGCCCGGGGAGCCCCGGGGCAAGCUGGCCGCGGGGAAGGGCCGGUCGGCGUCCGGGAAGGGCCGCCGCUGAGCGGGGCAAGGGCGGGUGGGGGCGCCCGCCUUGUUCUCGGGGGGACCUGCUCAGAAGAGUGGUCGGACUGUCGGACUGUCGGACCUUUCAGAACCGCUCAGGGACGGAUGCCCCGCAAUGCCCCUAUGCCUAUGAUUGGCGUCGCCUCAUCUCGAUGCGGGUCUUGAGGAUUACCUCAUUUUUCGAGGGCGCAUCCUUGAGAUCGUCAUCGCCCUUUGGCUUGCCGAUCUUAGGGACCGGGAUCAGUUCGAGCCUGGUUACGAGCCGCCCGCGCGCCGCCCGCGAACCCCGUGCGGGGCCUCCCCGCCCAGCCCCGCCCGCUGCGAGCGGGGCAGCGCUGUGUGCCCCGGGACGCGUGGACGGGCGGCCCUGCGCGGCGGGGUCGUGCCAGACGCGGGCGGCGGCGGGCAGAGCGCUGCCCGCUGCCUUCUGAGGAGGG